GAGGAGGAGGAAGAAGAAGAUUGCCAUGUUUACAGUCAACAGGAACAGGCAGUAGAAAGCACAUCCUGCCCUGAAUCAGCACAGCCAAACACUGUUAAAACAGCAGAGUUCUCUGACCAUACAGACACCGACUCUGACCAUGUUGGGCUGUCAAGCACAGAGGAGAUGGAGGAUGCUAUAUUCCCCUACAGUCCUACAGGAGUCUUCGUAGAGAUCACUAGUGAUCUGUAUGUUGAUCUCUGCACACAGGGUGUUUCUAGUGACAUAGGCCAAGGGUCAAACCAACCUACAGAGACUGAGCCUCUUCAGGGAGACAGCACAGAACCACCUGCCUUAGAUCAGGAGACUGUACCACUGAGGAGGAUAGAGAUAACUGUGGGAGCAGACUUUUCUGUUACCAUAGGAACAGACUAUCCUGUUAUCGUGGGAACAGACUCUCCUGUUAUUGUGGGAACAGACUCUCCUGUUACCGUGGGAACAGACUGUCCUGUUACUGUGGGAACAGACUCUCCUGUUACCGUGGGAACAGACUCUCCUGUGUGUAAAGAACAAGUCCAUAGCCGCCGGGAUCACCUAGAGAUCCACCACAGGAUCCUUGAGCCUCCCUCUCCCUGCCCUGUGCCACCCUCAAUCAUUUCUCUGUCCUCCCUCUCUGACUCCAACAACCACACCAAGGCCAGUGAAAGGUUGUGGUCAGGGUCUCUCUGUAUGAGGGGCCAGAUGCCAGAGCAGUGGUCCUCUGAGGUAGAGAUAAAGGUAGCCCACCAGAGCAGGUUAAAGGAGUGUGGGGAUAAAACUGAUGGGGAGUCCCCUUCCCUGACCGAGCCUGCAACGUUAACCUCGAAAUUCCUGGGGGAGACCAAUGACACCCUGGACAGCGCUCUUGAAGACCCCCCUGAGGAUUCUGAGAAGUUCCUGUCCCUCGUGGACUACCACCCUUGCUGGUGCAGUGAUGACUCAGCCGUGUUCUGGCUGGAGGAUGAGUAUCCCUUCAGCCUGGCUGAGGUGGAAGAGCUGGAGAGGCUUCAGAGAGAGGGUUACAGAGACGCCCCUAAUCAGAACCAUACAGACUGGAGAGGAGACAUCUCUAACCAUACAGACACUACAGACUGGAGAGGAGACAUCUCUAACCAUACAGACACUACAGAGUGGAGAGGAGACAUCUCUAACCAUACAGACACUACAGACUGGAGAGGAGACAUCUCUAACCAUACAGACCCUACAGGGUGUAGGGAGACUAAUUGUGCUGCAAACAGUACAACAGGCCUCUCUGAACCCUUAUUUUCCUACCUGGAGACCAGAAGCCUGCUAUUGGACAGUGUGGAGAAGGAGAAGGGCCAGCAGCCCAUUCCCCACCAAUCCCCCAAGCCUCCCUGGGACAGAGACAGACAGGAGUAUAGCAACUCACCUGAGACUUUAGGAUUAGAGGACAGUUGGUUUACUGAGGAGGACAGCUCAUACAGAUCCUACCUCCAGACCAGCUCUCACCCUACCCUCCUGCAGCAGGAUCGUGAGGUGAGGAUCGUGAGGUACCCCUAUCCCGGCGUCAGUCUCAACCUGCUCUCCCUUACUAGCCUGGAAACCAUCCUAGAGGCUGAUCCUGACCACUCCCUGGACAACUCUGGGACCAUGGAAGAUGAGACUGGGGAUGAGGAGGAAGAUAAGGAGUGGAGAAAGAUUGUUAGGAUAAGGCCCACUGAGGAGGACCGAGGCACCGUUCUUCUGUCUGGUGACAUCAUCAUAUCCUAUGUGCCCACUUUCAGCACGUCGUCGUGUCGCCCUGAGGACUUGUCCAGUAUCGAGUCGUCAGAGCACCAGCUGGUCUUGUCGACCGUUGACCCCGAUGACCCCAGGGUCAUGACCUUACCACACGACAGGGACGCCUCGGGCAGCGAGAGAUGCUCCAGUCCCACCCCCACCUCUGUGUCCUACGAUUUUGACUCCACCAGCACUAACAGUGAGGAGACGGAAGAGUCCAUCCUGCCUGUCUCAGGGGGGAACACCAACCUCCACAAACCCAUGAAGAGCAAGUCUAAAGGAGGCCGGGCGGGGAGCACCAAGAGCUCCAAGUUCUCUGUCUUCUCCAAGAUGCCUUCCUUCAGGAAGAAGAACAGGCUGAAGAACACCAAGGUGGACAGCUCGCCCCGGGACUCACCCGACCUGGGCCUGGGAAGGGAGCUGGGGGGAGACGCCUCAGACAACGACAGUGUCUUUUUGACGGUCCAGCAGGCCUUCUCCUCUGGUCCGGUGGGUUGCUACGAGACAGAGGAGGAGGACUACAGCUUCUUCCCCUCCACGCCUCGCACCCGCCACGUCCACCUGCUCUUCAGGGAGGGGUCCAGCAGCCCAGACACCCCUCUGACCUCCCAGCCCGGAGGUCUCAGACACAACCAGACUGGGGCCCCCGAGGGCCUGCACGGCUACAAGAGGAGCAAGAGCUCUGACAGCCUCAACCUCCGCAUGCGCUUCGCCCAGGCCCACAAGUCCCUAUCCGGCCUGUUUGAAUCUCGCUCCAUGGAUAAGGAGAACGAGAAGGAACAGGGGAGCGUUGAGACAGGGAGUGAAGGGAAGGUGGGGCGAGCCAAACAGUCCUGGAGGAGGCUGAGGGCCAAAGAGGCUGAGCUGGUGAGGAGUACCCUGUCUGUCCCGGUCGGGGAUGGGGUCGCGGGAGAGGACGGUGGGGGUUUGAGGACGCCCAGACAGAUCCACAGUGACUAUGCAUCCCGCUCGGCCUCAGGCUCAGUGCUCAGUGUCCCUGGGUCCCCCUCUUCUCUCAGGGGUCUGAAUCUCACCGACCACUUCACCAAGAGGGGCCUGCAGGACAGUCAAAGAAGGUCCGGGGCCAACACCCCACAGGGCUGCAAGUUGGAUGGCGAGAGGAGGGAAGGGAAAGUCCCGCCCAAAGACCUGUCAAUCAACUUCUCAGACUCCGGACCGCCGUACUCGCAAGACUCUGAGGCUCCGCCCGCUAUUGAAUCCAGCGCCCUGUCGCUCAUGAGCCCCGCCUCCCUGGCUGCAUUAGCCAAUCAGCUGUCCUGGUCCCCAGGGGGAGGCUAUGAGAGCACAGUGUCUAGCAUGGUAGCUACACCAGACACCCCAGUGAGACCCAUGAGCCCCAAGCCCCACAGCCCCAGACCUGCUGCCCAGCACAGGUCUAUCUGCAACCCCCCCACUGUCUCUGCCCGGGCCUCAGUCCUGUCCCUGCUCCUCAUGGGCCAGUCAGCCAGUGUAGAGGGCCUGUCUGACCCGCCAGAGAAGCCCAAGACCCUGAAGCCCCGAGCUGGGCCGUUAGACUCCUCCUCCCUCAGUCCAUUGGAGGAAAGAGAAGUGGACAGUCUGCUUACACCUAUGUUCUUCAAACAGUUUGAGACCAGUCAGGAUGGAUGUAGACCCUGCAGCCAGACAGGGGGAGGAGGGAAGAGGCUAUCAGAGCUGAAGACUCCUGGGCCUUCACCGGAUACUACUGCCUUAGCCCUCAGACCACCACUAGGCCACAGGCCGGACAGGGAUCCGAGACGCCACCGCUGCUGCUCAGAUGACCUGUGGAUCGAAGAGGAAACCAGACGGAAGCGGAAGCUGGCCCGAGUGAUGAGAGGAAGCCUGGGACAACUCAACACACACUGUCCUGAAGAGCUCGACAAAUCGCAUGCUUCAGUGUCCCUGUCGACCAUGGAGGCAUUCUCUGGGAUGAUCCUGAAGUCCCACUGCUUCUCCCAGAGCACCCCCAUCGGUCUGGACUGUCUGGGCUGGAGACGACGCACCUCCUACCCCUUACCAGACGGGGGUGGAGAGAAGACCAGUCUGGGGCUGGGUGAUGAUCUAGGCAGUGACGAGGACCUGUUUGAAGAGUUCCGCAGUUCCAGACAUCACUUUGGACACCCAGGGGGAGGUGGGGAACAACUGGCCAUAAAUGAGCUGAUUAGCGAUGGCAGCUGUGUGUACGCCGAGGCGCUGUGGGACCAUGUCACUAUGGACGACCAGGAGCUGGGCUUCAAGGCGGGGGAUGUCAUCGAGGUAGUGGAUGCCACCAACAAAGAGUGGUGGUGGGGACGCAUUCUGGACAGUGAGGGCUGGUUCCCAGCCAGCUUCGUCCGGUUGCGUGUGAACCAGGAUGAGCCUAUGGAGGAGUACCUAGCCCAGCUGGAGAAGCCUGGGGCUGGGGAGAAUGACCAGCCAGGCGUGGGCCUGUUUCUGGGACCAGGCCUGCCUUGUAAGGAACAGAUGAGGACUAAUGUCAUCAAUGAGAUCAUGAUCACAGAGAGAGACUACAUCAAACACCUCAAAGACAUCUGUGAGGGGUACAUCAAGCAGUGUCGUAAAAGGAUAGACAUGUUCACAGAGGAGCAGCUGCUGUGUAUCUUCGGAAACAUCGAGGACAUCUACCGCUUCCAGACAAAGUUCCUGAAAGGUCUGGAGAAGAGGUUCAACAAGGAGCAGCCGCACCUCAGCGAGAUCGGAUCCUGCUUCCUGGAACAUCAAACAGACUUCCAGAUCUACUCGGAGUACUGUAACAACCACCCCAACGCCUGUGUGCAGUUGUCCAGGCGGAUGAAGACCAACAAGUACGUGUUCUUCUUCGAGGCUUGUCGUCUGCUGCAGAAGAUGAUUGACAUCUCGCUGGAUGGGUUCCUGCUCACGCCCGUCCAGAAGAUCUGCAAGUACCCUCUGCAGCUGGCCGAGCUACUGAAAUACACCAACCCCCAGCACAGGGACUAUAGGGACGUGGAGGCUGCCUUGAACGCCAUGAAGAACGUGGCCAGGCUGAUCAACGAGAGGAAGCGACGCCUGGAGAACAUCGACAAGAUCGCCCAAUGGCAGCGCUCCAUAGAGGACUGGGAGGGAGAAGAUAUCCUCAGUAAAAGUUCAGAUCUGAUCUUCUCUGGAGAGCUGACGAAGAUCUCCCAGCCUCAGGCUAGGAGCCAGCAGCGCAUGUUCUUCCUCUUCGACCACCAGAUGGUCUACUGCAAAAAGGACCUCCUGCGCAGGGACAUGCUGUACUGUAAGGGUCGUAUGGACAUGGACCAGAUGGAGGUGGUGGAUGUGGAGGACGGGAAGGAGAAGGACUUCAACGUGUCGGUGAAGAACGCUCUGAAAUUGUGCUCGCUGGCGGGUGACGAGGUCCACCUGCUCUGUGCCAAGAAGCCUGAGCAGAAACAACGCUGGCUCCGAGCCUUCCAGGACGAGAGGAGGCAGGUGCAGCACGACCGCGAGACAGGAUUCUCUAUCACUGAGGUCCAGAAGAAACAGGCCAUGCUCAACGCCUGCAAAAGCCAUCCAGCUGGGAAGCCCAAAGCGAUGACACGGCCCUAUUGUGACUUCCUGCUCCGUCAGAAGCAGCCAUCUCUGCCCAGCAGCGUUCCCCAGCAGCAGGUCUUCAUGCUGGCUGAGCCCAAACGAAAGGCAACCACCUUCUGGCAAAACAUCGGCAGACUGACGCCUUUCAAGAAGUGAACCGCCAAAGGAGAGGAGAGCUCUCUGCUCGUGCCUGAACUUAACUUUUUAUGCCAGAUGCUCUUUAUUAUACAUAUAUAUAUAUAUAUAUGCAUAAUCCUAUCCUAAUUGAAAUACUGAUAUCGUGAAAGAUUAUUACGAUGAUAUUUUUUUCUUUGGAGAAAGCACUUUAUUAGGUUGGUUACAAUUAGACUUGGGAAUGGUUCUUCCGGACAUUGUGUGUAUACAUACACGUUGGGAGACUGUCACGAGGACUAUUAUACCUGCUACUGCAACCAACAACCGAUUGGUUCCACUACUGCGGCGUGAUCAUGUGACUGACUGCCAGUGAGGCUCCUCUUUAUGAAAGACGUUGACUUGGCGACAGCAAAAUGUGACAUUUUUCCCCCUCUGUUGUUUUUGUUUUCCGACUAAAUGCCAACUGUUCACAAUGCCAGAAACGUGUUACUUUUGCAUUUAAGUUUCUUUCUGGAAAAAAAAAAAGGUGAUAAAUUGUGAUAAAGGAUUAUUGUACUUCUUUCUGUACAAAAAAAAUGACAAAAAAAAUGUUUUCCUGGUUUAUUUUAAUUAUUUAAUAAGAGUCGAUAGUUCACACGCCUAACCUUUGAACUUUCCCAAACUCGGUCCUCUGGACCCCAAGGGGUGCACAUUUUGGUUUUUGACCCUAAAACUACACAGUUGAUUCAAAUGAUCAAAGCUGGAUGAUUAUCUGAAUCAGUGGUGUAGUGCUAGGGGGAACAAAAACUAAACAUGUACCCCUUGAGGACUGAGUUUGGGAUCCCUGCAUUACCCUGCGCGUAAUUCACUUCUUUAUGGGAGUGCCAUCUGAAUAUGUAUGAAGAGUACUGUUUUACCUUUAUAAACCCCUACAUUUACAUUCAUUUAGCAACACAUUUUCGGAUUCUACAUGUAUUCUCAAAAUGAGGCUGGAUUAAAGAGGUGCGCUUUUGUUCCCCAUUG